AUGAAUGACAAAUCGCUUUUUACCGUUCCACGUUAUUUGCCUGAUGUAGAUUUAAACAAGGAUGAAUAUAUUAAUAAAAAAAAAAAAAAUGUGGUAGAAGAUGAAAUAAAUAAAAAGAAUAAAGAGAUUUCUGUAAGUAAACCAAAGGAUGUAACAGAAUAUAAUGAAAUUGAUGAAGAAAGUGAUGAGAUUAUAUAUCAUGAGAAAUUAGACACAGACGAACAAAUAUGGUAUGCCAAUUUAAUAAAGAAUAAAAAAAGUGAUAGCAAAAUAAAAAGUUCAGAUAAUGAACUAGGGGAAGAGAACGAAGAAGAAGAAAAUGUUAUUAUUUGUACCGAUUCAAUAUUAAAAAAUAUUUAUCCAUUUUUUAAAACUGAAGAAGAUGUAACUUAUGGUCGGCAAAAAAAAGAGUUGAAAAAAUUUAUUAAAAAUGCCUCUUAA